AGAAGGAGAAAAAAGCCAGAAGAAAGGCAGGAAGGACCGUUGACGCAGUUGCUGAAUUUGGGUGUCAGUAAUGGUUAACUCUAACGGACUUUGGAAGCUGUAGCCCAAAUCUUGUGUGUGUACAGUAAAAUGCUGCUCCGGAGCUGUCGAAAGUCCAGUGUUUUGAUUGCGGACACCACGACGUAACGGCAGCUUGUAAUGAGAGCGAGCGCUCCAUCCUAACGUCAAGUCAAUUUGAACUCGGCUGUUAACGGAAUGCAGGGGCCGCUAAGCUAACGGUGAACAUGGUCAGCACUUUUAACAUGUUGUAGUACUUUUAUUUUUAAACAGUCAUAUUGCAGUGUUAUUUUACGUAAACUAUGGCGAAAGACUUUGUAAAAACAUUUAUAGGAGUAUGCAAUUACUUGCAAGACCCCCGUCAAGUGGCAAGAUUUCAAACUUUCUGCGGCAUUAAAGGGGUAUUCCCAGAUAAACCGACCGAGGCGGACAACGAAUUUGUGCCCAGUAAAGAAGCUGGCGAGCAAGAAUAUCCCCGGCAACGAAAACGGGAACAAAACGACAGCUCGGACGUUAUCGGAAAUGGUGCAGCGGUGCUGGGGUCAGUCGAAAAUGCGGGGGAUGCGACCCCUGUCAGCGGGAUGCCGGGCAGCAGCAGCCCCUCGAGGCCCACGGCAGCGGAUAACGCCCGGGCCAAGCCUCUCCGCAGGAACUCCCUGACCGGGGACGUGGGCCAGGAGUUCAUCAUCCAAAACAAGUUUCUCUUCUAUCUGUUCACAUUCGGGACUGAGCUCGGCAAUGAGAUGUUUUUUAUCGCCUUUUUCCCUUUCCUCUUCUGGAACGUGGAUGCCCUCGUCAGUCGGAGGCUCAUCGUGGUUUGGGCCUGGAAUCUGUUUGUGGGACAGUCCACCAAAGAUUUAGUGCGGUGGUCCCGGCCAGCAUCCCCACCUGUGGUGAAGGUGGAGGUCUUCUACAACUCAGAGUACAGCAUGCCGUCCACACAUGCCAUGACAGGAACAAUGAUACCCUUCUGUCUCUUCCUACUGUCAUAUGGACGCUGGCAGUACCCUUUCCUGUUUGGUUUGUGUGUGGCUCUCAGCUGGAGUGUCCUAGUCUGUGUUAGCCGAGUCUACAUGGGCAUGCAUUCGAUUCUGGAGGUAAUCACCGGCUUCCUGUACAGCCUUCUCAUUCUGGCCUUCUUCGGUAUAGUGUUAGACAAGAUUGACAACUUCUACAUGAUGAGCCACUAUGCUCCGCUUGUCAUAGUGCUCUCUCAUGUGCUCCUGGGACUUGUGGCUUUCUCUCUGGACUCCUGGAGCACCUCGCGAGGUGACACAGCUCAGGCCCUGGGCACUGGUGUGGGUGCCGCGUUGGCCACCCAUGUUAACUAUCAGCUGGGGCUGCUGGUUGACCCACCACUGUCGGCACUGCCUCUCACUUUACCACCCAUAAGCACUACCUUGGUGAUACAUUCCGUGGUGCGCUUCCUGAUCGGGGUAGCUGUCCUCCUGCUCACCAGAAUGGUCAUGAAAGCACUGACUAUUACAUUUUUAUGUCAGCUGUUUGGGCUGCCAUUAAACGAUGUAAGACAGGCAAGGCAGCUGAUGAAGGUAGAGUUGCCAUACCGUUACAUUGUCUAUAGUGUUGUAGGUUUUAGUUGUGUCUGUGUUGUGCCUCUUCUCUUUAGCAUCUUAAACCUUGCCUAAGUGUUGUCCGCAAAUUAUGUACUACUGAAAUUUUGCCUUUACACAGUGAAGGCAAACACAGCACUUGGAUACACGCUGCUCAUUUUGACGAGAAAAAUAAGCUUUGUUUCUGUAUGACAGGAACUCAUUAAUAAUCCACACAGUAAUGUUUCUUCAGCCAGCAUGAAGUGAAACUUUGCAAUUACUCUAAUUACUCUGCCAAUGUACUGUCAUAAUGCUUGUAUUCAGUAAUGAAUUAAAUAUAUAUGUACAUUUUUGAUCAAAAUAUCAGAAUAUGUGAUUAAAAAAUCCAUAAUUUAAGAAUAAACUGAACAAUGAGU